AUGUUGAGCGAAGAGAUUAAUGAGUAUGUUUUCACCUGGAAGAUUAAAAACUAUUCUUCUUGUUACCAAGCGAAAGGUGAGAAAAUUGUGAGUCCUUCCUUUACGAUAGAAGAUAUCCCUUAUUUUCAGUUUUGUUUGUGGUUUUAUCCGAAAGGUGACCAUCUAUCAAAAAAUAACGUUUGUUAUUAUUUGAAUCGCAAAGCAUUGGGUGACACAAUUCAAGCAGUCACUAUUUCUUUCAGCUUAGAGAUUGUGGACGAAAAAUGUUGUGUUUUGAAGAGUUUUGAGUCGAAAGGUACACAUAAUUUUAGGGGCUGGAAAGAAUUCUUUUCUAUCGAUGUAUUGGAGAAAGAAAUGAGCAAUUGGACCAAAGAUGUAUUAACACUUCGCUGUCGAAUAAAGAGGGAUAACAGACUCAAGCAAAAGGUAUCUGGAACAGUAGCUUGUACUAUCAUCGAAGUAGACCGAUUCUUUGUUGACUGGAAUGUAAAAAUACCCAAUCUGCGUGAAUGCUCUGAAAACAUUGCUUUUUCAAUCUCAGAUUUGUAUAAUGUAGAAAUUGUUUUGAAUUCCAUGUCAGAAGCUCUGACAAUUUCAAUUUGGCUCAAAGAAAAGAUAUCUGAAGCACCUAAUUGUUUGACAUUUACAAUUUCUAUUUUUAAUAAAAUCGGAUGUGUGUUAGCUUCCAAACGUGCAAUGCAUAUGUAUAAAAAUGUAGUACCGUGGAAAUUUCCAGAUUUCAUAACAAAAGAAGUAAUGAAAAAGUGUGAAAGCAGUUCAUCCUGGUAUGAAUUUGGGUUGAAAUGUAAGGUUUGCAUCUCCAAGAAUAAGGCUUCCGGUUUUAUCGAAAAAUUUGAAUUUUCAACUACUUGUAGCUUUGAGACAAUUAAGGAUAAUCCAACCUCUUCUAUGCAAAGUGAAUUUCAAAACAUAUUUUCCAGCAAAAAGUACUCAGAUGUUACAAUUCGUUGCAAAAAUGAUGAAUUUUCUGCUCACAAGUUUGUUUUGAAAGUACGAUCACCGGUUUUAGCAGCCAUGUUUGAUCAAGAUAUGCUGGAGAACAAAACUGGUAUAGUGGAUAUGGCUAACAUAGAUGGAAAAAUAUUGAAAUCGUUUCUCGAAUUUUUGUAUACGGAUAGAGUGGAUAAAAUGGAUUACUAUAUUGCCAAGAAUCUAAUAUUAACUGCUGAUAAGUACCAAGUGCAGUCGCUCGUAGACAAAUGUAGUUUUUUCUUGAAAUCUUCUGCAUCCAUUGAAAAUGUGUGUGAAAUUAUUGCAAUUGCAGAUAUGAUAAAUUGCGAAAGUUUGAAAUUCUAUGCGCUAAGCUUUAUGGAGCUCAAUGCUGCCAAUAUUUUAUCAACUGCAGCCUGGACUGAUUUAAUUGAAGGAAAUAUUAAACUAGCCACAUACAUUUUAUCCAAGUUGUCUGAGAAUGUAGGUAAAUCGGCAAUGAAAAAAAGUUAG